GUGGAGAGACUUAACCCGGUUGUCAUGAUGAAAAGAAGAAUCAUUUAUUGGAUAUAUUUGUUUGCAUCUUUUCAAGCUAUAGAUUCAUCUCGUAUAACGGUGACUUCAGGACCCGAUACUGUGGCAGCAACUGAUGAUGACGACGUAUUAAGACCUGGGAAUCCAACAAACACAACAGCAACUAGAAGUGUGCUCAACAUCACAGCUGCCCAGCACUACAGAACAACCAUCAAGGAAAAGGCUUCGAGAAUCAAAUCAAGAACUACCAUUUCCACAGACACUACAGAAACUACAGCAUCCAGAGUGAUAACACCUGUGACAAUGAAAAGCAUACUUACAAACACAUCAACAGAAAGUGAGAGAUCCCAAACAAACAUGACGAAAUCACCAACAGAAAGCAUAUCCCCACUUCAAAAAACAAGCCUAUCCACAAGUAGCAUAUCAUCAAGCAACACACUUGCAUCAACGACAAACAAAACUAUGACUACACAAAACAGAACAAACACACCCAUGCAAACAACUAUUGCCACAAGUACCACAGUUGCAAAAACAACAAACAACAAUACAAACACUAUAAUGACUACCACAAAUGUGAACACUAAAACAAACAUAUACACAACACAGGGAAUAUCAAGCACACUUGUGACUAUUUCAACCCAGAAUACAACCAUAUCCACAACUAGUACAACACCAAGCACGGCACUGGGAACAAAAAACACAAUAUCUACCUCAGCCAAGAUAAUAAACACAACCAUAUGCACAACACCUGCCAUCACAAACAGAACGACUGCUGCAACCCAAAAUACAACAAAUACGACCCUGUCCACAAGUACUACAACACCGAGCACCACACUUUCAUCAUCACACACAAUCGUGACUACCACAACCCAGAGGCCAACCAUAUACACAAGUCCUGCAACAGCAGUAAACUCCAUGACCACUACACUCCAAAACACAACCACACUAAUACCUACAACUACUAUAGGGCCAAAUAUUACAGAAUCUUCAACCACAGCAUACAUAUCCAUGACUACAACAACUGCAGACCGAACCAUGUCCACAUCUACAACACCUGACACAUCUAUGACUACCAUAACCAAUACACAACAAAAGAAAACUGGAGGCACAAGUACUGCUAAAGCAGUAACAUCCAUGACUACUGCAUACAAAAACACAACUACUUCCUCACCUCCAGCUACUAAAGUGCCAAACACCACAGAAUCUGCAAACACAGCAAACAGAUCCAUUACUACAGAAACAAACAUGUCCACAUCUGCAACAACUGACACAUUUAUGACUACCAUCACCUCUACACCGCAAAACACAACUAUAUCCACAACUAGUACAACACCAGGCACCCCACUUGCAAUGACAAACACAUUAGCUACCACAUCCCAGAUAAUCAACACAACCAUAUGCACAAGUCCUGCCAUUAUGAACCCAACUAUGACUGCUGCAGCCCAAAACACAACCAGAACCAUAUCCACAACUAGUACAAUACCAAGCACCGCACUUGAAACAAAACACACAACCAUGACUACCACAACCCAAAACACAAUCAUAUCCACAAGUCCUGCAGGAGUAACAUCCAUGACUACUGCACCCCAAAUCACAGCAACCACAACCAUAGCGAAAGCUACUACAGUACCAAAUACCACAGAAUCGUCAACCAUGACAAACAGAGUCAUAGCAACCCCAGAAAGAACCAUGUCCUCAUCUGCAAUAACUAAUACAUCGAUGACUAGUAUCACCACUACACAGCAAAACCCAACUUUCUCCACUACGAGUACAAUGCCAAGCACCACGCUAGCAACAACUAACACAACAAUGACUGCCACAACCCAAAACAUCAAUAAAACCAUAUCCCAAACACCUGAAACAAUGACAAGCACGCCUGUGAUUACAGUAACUCAAAACCCAUUAAACAGAACAAUAUCCACAACUACAACAAUCCCAAGCACCGCACAAAAAAACAUGACGAUCACAACCCUAAACACGACCUUAUCCAAAACUUCUACAACAACAGUAACAUCCAUGACGACGGCACCCCAAAACACAACAUCCACAACCAUAUAUACAUUACCAAAUACCACUGAAUCUUCAACCAUGACAAACAGAUCCAUAACCACAGCAACUGCGGACACAACCAUGGCCAUAUCCGCAACAAGUAACACAUCUAUGCCUACCAGUUACCAAUACAUCGCAAAACACAAUUAUAUCCACAUCUAGUCCAAUGCCAAGCACGACAACAAUGGCUACCAACCCAAUCCAAAUCAUAAAUACACACAUUUCCCAAACACCUGAAACAAUGACGAGCACACCUGUGACUGCUACAACCCAAAACAGAAGAACGACUUCCAGAAGUCAGACUAUAGAUAAAACCAUAUCACAAACACCUGAAACAACUACUACAAUCACCACACACCACAAAACCAUGACUAUCACAACCCAUAACGCAGCCAUAUU